CCCUCCAGCGGGGCUGGUCUCCGGCCGGGCACCGUCGCGGGCCCCCCUGGCCCGGCCACCUGGGACUGUGCUGGGGAGUCGGCCUCCCUCUCUCCUCGGGCCCGCAAAGUUUGUGGCGAAGCCGGCGCCGGGGCAGAGCGCGCUCCCGGGGGGAGAUCGGGAAGCGCCCAAUGCCGAGCGGCAGGAGCCGUUGACACGGGACGCCACCGUCCGGGGCAGAAGCGCGGAGCAGCCGACCACUCCGCCGCCUGUGGUGUAUGGGGACCGGCUGAGGAGCCAGCAUGGGCAACUGCGUGGGGAGACAGCGCCGGGAGAGGCCGGCCGCCCCGGGGCACCCCCGCAAGCGAGCAGGACGCAACGAGCCCCUGAAGAAGGAGCGGCUCAAGUGGAAGAGCGACUACCCCAUGACUGAUGGGCAGCUGCGCAGCAAACGGGAUGAGUUCUGGGACACAGCACCCGCCUUCGAGGGCCGCAAGGAGAUCUGGGACGCCCUCAAGGCUGCCGCCUAUGCUGCAGAGGCCAACGACCACGAGCUGGCUCAGGCCAUCCUGGAUGGGGCCAGCAUCACCCUGCCUCACGGCACCCUCUGUGAGUGCUACGACGAGCUGGGCAAUCGCUACCAGCUGCCCAUCUACUGCCUGUCGCCGCCCGUGAACCUGCUGCUGGAGCACACGGAGGAGGAGAGCCUGGAGCCCCCCGACCCCACCCCGAGCGUGCGCCGCGAGUUCCCGCUGAAGGUGCGCCUCUCCACCGGCAAGGACGUGCGGCUCAGCGCCAGCCUGCCCGACACAGUGGGCCAGCUCAAGAGGCAGCUGCACAGCCAGGAGGGCAUCGAGCCGUCCUGGCAGCGCUGGUUCUUCUCCGGGAAGCUGCUCACAGACCGCACGCGGCUCCAGGAAACCAAGAUCCAGAAAGAUUUUGUCAUCCAGGUCAUCAUCAACCAGCCCCCGCCGCCCCAGGACUGACGGCCCACGGACCUCUGGGCAGAGAGGCCCGCCUGGAGUCCAGACCCGCCCUGCCGCUGCCUUCCAGUGCCGUUCUUUUCUCUGGGGGCACCUCCCUGCCCCGUGGCGGCGGUAGAGCCGUGAAGGGAGCCUGCCUCCAGCUCUGUGGGCCAUCGGCACUGGGCACCCAGGUAGCAGUGCUGCCGCCCACAAGCCUUGCCAGGCUUGUCAGAGGAGAGGCGAGCCGGGCCCUCCACCCUGCUGCCCUGGCACAGGUUUGAGCCCCGAGGGCCCACCCAGAGGCCCUGGAGCCCAGCCCCGCCCUCUGGUGCUGCCGGCAAGGGCUCACUCCGGUUUCGUGCUCAGGGUCUGAAGCAGCUGCUGUCUCCCUCCUCUGCCUCCAUCCCCUGGCUCUGCCCUGGGCAUAGCGCCAGUGCCCUGGAGAGGAGGGAACCACCAGUGAGCCCCAGGGCUUGGGGGAGUCUGCCCUUCCCUGCCCCAGCACAACUGGCAGAGAUGGGGAGGUGGCCAGAUGGUCGGGUUGUCGUGGCAGGAGUGUGCACAGGGCCAUCGUCACCUGGCUGCAGCCUGAAUGGGGGUCUGCCGCCCGGCCGUGGCGCCCACAGCAGGUCCUUGUGUACAGACAUAUCUGCAUAUUUAUCAAUAAAGCCUUUUGCUCCUUCUC